AUGGAACAGCAAACUCACUCCCUUGGCAUCCCCUCUUCGUCCUCAAUGAUAAUCCACGCCUCAGAUCUCGUCAUCGACGGUAUCAACGUGGUCAACCCCGACCUUAAUCUCGUCAAAGGUUACGUCUCUGUGAGAACAUGGGGCCUCGCCAUGCCGGUGGUUCAGUUCUGCUGCAAGUAUAAUCUAGAUCUCCUCCAACAACUCUUCAAGGAGGAAGGAUGUGAUGCCAAAUUGAGAUUGGACAAAUACGUUGUCGAGCAUGGGUUGGUCACGACCAUGACCAUCUGUCAUGACAAAUAUGGGGCUAAAGGCAAGAAUAAAUGUGAGAAACGCAUCUCAAAAUAUUGGAGUGAGAAGCUUUCGAAAUUAGAAAUAUACAUCAAUGGAAAUUGA